AGCAUACUCAGCUCUCACUAUUCGAUCCCGGAUUAUGUUAGAAUUUCCAAGGAAUGCAAGCAUCUAUUGUCCAGAAUAUUCGUAGCUGCCCUGGAAAAGGAAGCUAAUAUGCAAGUGCAAAAUGCAGAGGAUUAUUGUUCUCAAAAGGCCCGAAAACCGGGUGAUGGCCCGAAAUUAGAUGCUAAUUUGUUUGAUGGGAGCAUGGAUCUUGAUGAAAUAGACAUCGAUGCUGAUAUAGACGAUGUUGAGACGAGCGGGGAUUUUGUCUCCGAAAGGUUGGAUGAGGACCCUUCUCCUGAUUAUUUGAAUACCAUUUUCGUGUCUAAUGUGUGUAAUUUGGGGUACGAGUCGCCGUUGCAGACUUUCCGGGAGGUGUGCCGGACGAUAAUUGAUGAUAAAGUCAGUCACUCGGAAACAAUGACUUCUACCUAUGUGCACAUGCAGGGAUAA